AUGUGUUUCCAAUUGCCCACCACACUGUUUGUUGUUUGUGUACUGCUGAUGGCGAUCUUGAGUGCUUAUGGAGCAAACAAAACUUUGUGGCAGAUCAACAGUGAUCGUAAGGCAAAUGUGCAAUUCGGUGAUCUGCUCGUUUCGCCGAAGCAAUCGCAUAAAUAUGUGCGAAGCAAGGAGCCGUUAAGGUAUGUUUCUCGAAAAGGCGCUUAUGAUAUCCGAUGGAAGGACAACACCGUACCGUUUCAACUGUCCAAUCAGUACAAUGCGUUUGAAUGGCGUCUAAUCAGUGAUCUUUCAAGGAAGAAAGUGAUCAUGACGGCACUUCUGGAAUUACAGCGUCGUUCAUGUUUCAAGUUUGUCAAGAGGACAAUGCAACCAGACUACAUUGCGAUAGAGCCGCUCGACGGUUGCUAUUCAUAUGUAGGUCGCAUUGGUGGUCGCCAACUGAUGUCGUUGGGACGGGAUUGCUUGGCGAAUUACAUCAUAUGGCAUGAGAUGAUGCACGUGAUCGGUUUCGAGCACGAACAUCAACGACCCGAUCGUGAUGCGUUCAUUCGCAUCGAAUACGAGAAUGUGCUACCUGGUCAACUCGAAAACUUCCACAAGUUACGAUCGGAUGAAGUGAAUGUAUACGAUCGCAAAUACGAUUAUAAUUCGAUUAUGCACUACGACGGAACGGCGUUCGGUAGGCUCGAUGAAAAAACAAUGCGAAGGCUUGUUACAAUGAUACCUCUAAAGAAAGGCGUUAAGCUGAAUGAUAAUACGGAGUUCACUCGUCUCGAUAUUGAAAAACUGAAUCAACUUGGGAAAUGUAAUAAGCAAUCAACAGAGAAGCCAAUAUCUGCACAAGAGAAUUGUACGGAUAAGGAUUCACGAUGCAAACUGUACAUCAAAGACGGUUUGUGCGAUAAUCUCUUGUACCAGUGA